AUGAAUCGGUCAAUAACCACACCUGGAGAAGCACCUCUUCUUCGCCUCUCUACGGAGCUUUAUCAAAUGAUUGCCGAGUAUUUGAAGGAUCCAGAGGACCUUGCAGCUCUCGUGAAUUGUUGCAAAACAUGCAUGCUUGUUUUUGGUAAGGACUUUGUCCAUAUACGAUCUGCAAAACGGUGGGCGCUGGAACAAGCAGGCAUCUAUUACCCGGCCAAGUCAACACUUCAGAUGGCAGCCGCGUGCUGUUUCGACAAGGACGUGUUUAUGUGGAUUCUGGAUCUUUACAUCAAGCAUUACCCUCAGUGCAUCGAACGUGAUCGCUUGUGGUAUGAGCACUGGUCCCCCGAAUUCGUCGAUGGUCUUCUUGAAAUUGCGAUCAGGUAUGGAAAUACGGUGGCCGUCCAAGCGUUUCUUGACCGAGGAAUGAACAUUCCAAGAUCUGCUGACGUAAAUGAAAUUCUCUACGAAUUUCGUUUUCCUCUCAGCCUCGCUCUCUGGCGAACUGAAAACCCCUCAUAUAUGAACAUUGUGCGUUCGCUCUUGGAUGCAGGUCAUUACGUCACCCAGGAUCCCCUGGCUACGGCUAACACGCAGGACCGGUUGGCAGACCAGACCUCCUGA